AUGAAAUUUGCAAAGUACGAAGACAACCUUAAGCAAACUUGGAAACUUAUUGGUACUCUUGUUGAAAGGAAAACCAAAGGUCAAACUUUCCCCACGAGAAUCACUCACAAUAACAGGACUUUUACACAAGAACAGGACAUUGCCGAAUUAUUCAAUAACUUCUUUGCAAACAUUGGGGCAACUUUAGCAAAGGAAAUCAAAACUGAUCAUACAGACCCUUUGCAAUAUAUAGAAUCUACGCCAUCAAACAGUUUUUACCUUGCUCCAGUAACCCAAACACAAGUAUUUACAUUAUUUGCUGGGCUAAAAGAAAACAAAGCAUCCCUUAUUGUUCCUAACAAGCUUAUUAAACUUGCAAGUGAACAGCUCUCUGCAUCCUUUACUGAAAUAUAUAAUGAAUCAAUAUUAUCUGGGGAGUUUCCUGAAAUCUUUAAGAUAUCAAAAGUAACCCCAAUAUUUAACAGUGGUAGUCUAUCUGAGUCAGGAAAUUACAGGCCAAUAGCAGUUAUUUCUCCCUUUAGUAAAGUACUGGAAAGACUAGUUUAUGACCAAAUUGUGUCCUACCUGGAAAAAGAAUGUCCACUUUUUAAUUUCCCAUUUGGCUUUCGAAAGGGAUAUUCCACUAAAUAUGCCAUUCUAGAAACUGUGGAAAAAUUAAAGUCAGCAGUUGAUGAUCAAAAAAUAACAUGUGGCAUCUUUUUAGACUUUUCCAAGGCCUUUGAUACAAUUAACCACCAUAUUCUCUUAGAAAAAUUAUAUAAGUAUGGGAUCCGAGGACUCCCCCAUGCAUGGUUUUCACGCUAUAUAACUAAUCGUAAGCAAUAUGUCAAAGUUGGUAAUACGGAAUCUAGGCUGAAAACCGUCACAUGUGGUGUACCUCAAGGCUCCACACUAGGUCCACUGCUGUUUCUAUUGUAUAUUAACAAUUUGCCCAGGUCUUCGAAGAAAUUAACUUUUAGGAUUUUUGCAGAUGAUACAAAUAUGUUUUAUUCUUCAAAAGACCCAGAACAAUUACAGUCAGUUAUCAAUGAAGAAUUUGGAAAGGUCUUGAAAUUCUGUGAAUUAUUUCAUAUACUUCACAUCAUUUCACUCCUCACAGGAGAUAUGAACUCAAUAAAUUGACCUCGCUCCCAAUGUGUGGCUUCAUAGCUCAGUUGGUAGAGCGAUGCACCGGCAACGCGGAGUUCACGGGUUUGAAUCCCGUUGAAGCCCUGAUUUUUUUCAGGCUUCUUCUUUCCAAUUGCUUAAAAUAAUUGGAAAAUUUACUGCGAUGAUCAUUCUUCACUCUCAUCUACAACCGCAGUUCAAAAAAUGAAUUAUUUCAUACACUUCACAUCAUUUCACUCCUCACGGGAGAUAUGAACUCAAUAAAUUGACCUCGCUCCCAAUGUGUGGCUUCAUAGCUCAGUUGGUAGAGCAAUGCACCGGCAACGCAGAGUUCACGGGUUUGAAUCCCGUUGAAGCCCUGAUUUUUUUUCAGGCUUCUUCUUUCCAAUUGCUUAAAUUGGAAAAUUUACUGCGAUGAUCAUUCUUCACUCUCAUCUACAACCACAGUUCAUUAAAAAUGAAUUAUUUCAUAUACUUCACAGCAAUUACGCUGUCCAUUAACUUCAAGAAGACUAAUUACAUGAAAAUUACUUCACCUAAGGAGAAAACAAAUAUCAGAAUAACAGCUUGUAAUACAGAGCAAAAGUCCCAGAUUAAAUAUUUGGGUGUCUUUAUUGAUGAACAUCUAAAAUGGGAUGCUCAGCUCCAGCACAUUAACAACAAAAUAACAAAAAACAUUGGGAUUUUAUUUAAGCUUAGACAUUUUGUGCCUAUAAGUACACUCAAACAACUGUACUAUACUCUCAUAUAUCCGUAUCUAAUGUAUGGAUUAAUGAGCUGGGGUACCGUAUAUCAAACUAAGUUAAAUAAAAUCAAAGUAAGUCUAAAUAAGUCAUGUAUUCGUGCAUCUUCUUUGCAAACAAAAGAGAAAGUCCCACACCGUACUUUACACUAA